AUAUCACAAUUUGCUUGUCAAUGUAAUAUGAAAUAGUGUUUCAAAGCCUCAAAAGGUUUGGUCCUCUCAAUCCACAUGGUCCUCUCAAUCCCAUUUCCCCACUGCAAACACCACACCACUCCACUCGCGAACUCGAUGCCUCUCAUCACAAGUCCGCCCACCUCACCGGCCUCGCAGCACUUGGCGGACUGGAUCCUGGCGCAGAACAAAGGCGUCGAUUUGAUCGGAAUGAGCGGCCGGCAGAAGGGCGACGAGGAGGUGAAGGCCUUGGCGGCCGCUUUGAAGGAGAACCGACAGGUGAGGCGUGUCGAACUCCAAAAUAAUGGCUUUGGCGAUGCUGGAGCGGAGGCAUGGGCGUUUUGCUUGCUGGAUUUUGGAAUUGAAGAGAAGCACCUGCUUUCAGCAGGCUUUAGCCGAGAUGUUGCACCAGAACCGUACGAUCAAAGAGAUUGUUCUCAGUUCGAAUCGCAUCACUACUGUGGGGGCGAAGGCGUUGCUGGAGGCGCUCCGAGUCAACAAGGUUGUCACGUACAUCUCUCUCGAUGACAACGGUGAAAUCAGCGAGGAGGUGAGGACAGAAAUUUGGGAGAUUGUUGGAGCCAACAAGGUAGCUG